CGGCGGCGGGAAGAUGGCGGCCCCCAGGGAGCCGCUUGGAGCCGUAGAGGCAGAGGGGAGCUCGGGUCGCCAGGGGAACUCGGGAGUCGAGGUGGUGGUUUUCUCCGAUCCCGCCACGCCCGCCCCGCUGUGCCCUCACGGACCCACUCUUCUGUUUGUGAAGGCGAACCAAGGGAAAGAAGAAACACGGAGGUUUUAUGCCUGCUCAGCUUGUAGAGAUAGAAAAGAUUGUAAUUUUUUUCAAUGGGAAGAUGAAAAGUUGUCAGGAGCGAGACUUGCUGCCCGAGAAGCUCAUAACCGAAGAUAUCAGCCUCCUUUAUCCCGUUCGCAGUGUGUGGAAAGGUACUUGAAGUUUAUUGAGUUGCCCUUGUCUCAGAGAAAGUUUUGUCAAAGAUGUCAGCAGUUGCUGUUGCCAGAUGAUGAGGAAAAGCAUCGCAAGCAUCAGAUAGUGGGUGAUAUUUCUAUCACCCAGUUAAAAAGGCCCAGUCAACUCCUUUAUCCAUUGGAAAACAAGAAGACAAAUGCCCAGUAUUUGUUUGCUGAUAGGAGCUGUCUGUUCUUGGUAGACCUACUCUCUACCCUUGGGUUCAGAAGAGUACUGUGUGUUGGGACACCAAGGUUGCAUGAGCUGAUCAGGUUGAAAGCAUCAGGUGACAAGAAGUCUAACAUUAAAAGCCUUUUAUUGGAUAUUGAUUUUCGGUAUUCACAGUUUUAUAUGGAAGAUAGUUUUUGCCAUUAUAACAUGUUUAACCAUCACUUCUUUGAUGGAAAGGCUGCCCUUGAAGUAUGCAGAACAUUUUUACAGAAAGAUGAAGGUGAAGGAGUCAUUAUGGUGACAGAUCCUCCUUUUGGUGGCUUGGUUGAACCUCUGGCUGUUACAUUCAAGAAGUUAAUUGCUAUGUGGAAAGAAGGUCAAAGCCAAGAUAACAGUCACAAAGAACUACCCAUAUUCUGGAUUUUUCCCUAUUUUUUUGAAUCUCGAAUUUGUCAGUUUUUCCCAAGCUUCUGCAUGCUGGAUUACCAGGUAGAUUAUGAUAAUCAUGCACUUUAUAAACAUGGAAAGACAGGACGGAAACAGUCUCCUGUGCGUAUUUUCACCAACAUCCCACCCAACAAAAUAAUCCUUCCUACUGAAGAAGGGUACAGAUUUUGCGCUCUGUGUCAGCGAUAUGUUUCUCUAGAGAACCAGCACUGUGAACACUGUAAUUCUUGCACAUCCAAGGAUGGCAGGAAAUGGAAUCAUUGCUUUCUCUGCAAAAAGUGUGUAAAGCCUUCCUGGAUCCACUGUAACAUUUGCAAUCACUGUGCUCUUCCAGAUCAUUCUUGCACGGGCCCUAAAGACGGCUGCUUUAUUUGUGGUGAAUUAGAUCAUAAACGGAGUACUUGUCCUAACGUCUCUACAUCUAAGAAAGUUAACAAAGCUGUCAGAAAGCAGAAGCAAAGAAAGAGCAAUAAGAUGAAAAUGGAGACCACUAAAGGACAGUCCAUGAAUCAUACAUCUGUUACAAGGAAGAAGAAAAGAAGAGAAAGAGCUCAUCAAUAUCUUUGCUCUUAAAUGUCCAGUGGCUGGCGAAUAAGAAAGAUUUAUAGUCCAACCUUUGAUGCCAUUUUCUGAAAGUGCCUCACUGGACUUAAAUUCUGUCGCUUUCAAAGGUAUGCACCUCUCUAAGCUUGAAAGUAGGCAGGUGGUAUUUGCUGGUUUAUAGACCUCCUCACCCCCAGCAGCCCCUCUGGAGACCUGGGGAGUUGUUCCAUCCUUAGCUGGUUUGCUAGCUCUCAGUGCCUUUUUUCUGUCUUUAAAUCUCUUCCAGUCGUAUUAUUUUAGCCUCUUUUAUCUGAAAAAUGGGCAUAAAGCGUCCUUUUGCAGGAAGAAAGAAGAAAAUGAGAAUGAAAACCUGAGGUUUUGUUUACAUUGAACAUAAGAGUAUAAGUUCGAUAUUUUAAAUAUUAAAGUAUUGUACAGUGGCUUAAACCCCACUUGUAAAGAGAAAUACAAUAUAUAAUUUUUUUUAGACAGAAUCUGAAGAUGAUGGAAAGAAUUUUGACAAAGGCAGUCUAAAGAUAUAAAGAUUAUGAUUAUGGUUACAUUAUUAUUAUUAAGUAUUUAUUUUUCAAAUACUUUUUGCAGUUGUCCUUUGAUGGUAUAGAAUCACCUAAAUGUUUGUUGAAUGAGUGAGGUAUUUAGAAUUAUGACUUGCUCUGUCAUCUUCGUGUCUCUUAACCUAGGCAGUAUGUUUCUCUCUAUGUAAAAGUAGUAGCAGAAGGCAGGAUAUUUUGGUGAUCCUCAUUCCUAUUCUAACACUUCCUGGUUGUAUGUCCUUAGCCAGGUCAUUCAUUCUCUAGAAGCUACUGUUUCUUCAUUAUUAUAAUGGGGACAAUAAUAGUUAGACCUCAGGUUUGUUUGUGGUGAAAUUAAAUCAGGCAUAUGCCCCUGGCUCUCAGUUCUCCUGUUACCCGUGAGAAACGUUAACAAAUGAAGAUGGCUGCGGAGCACUAAGGGUAAUCACCGGGUGGUCAGGUAUUGUAGCAUGGAAGGGAGCAGUUUGAACAAACAGUUCAUUAUCUCCUUAAGACUUAGUAGUUUAGAAUGGCUUGCAUUUGCACAAUGACAUUUCUCUCUUUCCCAAAUGACUGCUUUAGAGCAGGUUUGGAGGCAUCUCUGCUUGGGCUUAGCUAGCCCUGAGAGUAAAGGUAGAAGAACUGCACUCCAUCUGGUAUUUAAAUUCCACCUGGUAUUUAAGUUAGGAUGGUUUGUUGCCUGAUGUGGAAUACGCACAUGUGGCCCUGAUCAGUGUGGUCCUGGUAGAUCAGGCUAUAUCAAAAGAUGAGCUAAGCUCCUGGACUUAACAAGCAUCAGAAAACUCUUCUCUUGCCCCCUUUUUAACCUGGGUUCCUGUGGUGAUAGGAGGGGCAGAUUUUGAGGUGAUUGGAUGAGAUAUGAACCUUGUACAAUCAUUGUGAGAGUUCCCCUCUCUGAUUCAGGCAUAGAUGUGGACAUUGCCUGACUUCCAUGGUGUCCACGAUACCGUGGUUAAAAUCUAUUGAAAUCUCCCCAGAAACUCAGACAGCUGAGGGACCAUGACUGCUGAAGAAUUGGGUCCUGAUGGCCAAUGGUUUUUAUCAUCACCAUAUUUUCUUAGUUUUAAGAUACCGUCGAUUGUAAAAUGCAUUUUCGAUGUAAUCAUAGCUUUUCAGGGAGAAAACACCUUUAUCUCAUUAAUUGUAUAUAUUAAAUUUUAGAUGUAUCUUUUUUCAGAAAUAUUGAAAUGUGAAAAAAAUGUCCAUCUUAGUAUUGAGCAAAUAGGGUAUUACUUAUAAUCAGGAAUUUUGUACUUAAAAACUUUGUUACCUCCUUAGAGAGUUAAAAAUAGGAAACUUGAUGGUUCUGUUUUUUUGUUCAGUUAAUACUAAUUUUAAGGACUUAAUCUCUUUCUUUUCUCAGAGGAUAAACUAAUAGAAUGUAAAAAUGUCUCUGGGAGGUAAAGUGUGAUGGGAGAUGAGGUCAUUUGUUCUAAUUAGAAAUCUGCCUAUCUGAACAUUAAGAUACUUACUCAAAAUAGCAAUAGAAGAAAAUUCCUGAAAUUUGACAGAUAAAACUUUCUAAGCUUUUUAAAAGGACGUUUUUCUUAAAUAACUACAGCUAAAUUUCAUUCUCCUUCUUGUUUACAUUAUAAAAUGUAAUGAAAUACAGAGUUACUUUGUAAAGGCCCUGGAUGAUCAGAUUUCAGUUUUUUAUCCUACAUUUAGUCUGAUAUUUAGACUAAUUUAUUUCUACAGUACGCCCCAAUCUUUUCAUCCUAUUCUCUUCUUUCUGUUUGGAAUAUUUCCCUCCAUACAGCCGUCUGUUAAAGUCUUAUGGAGCCUUUAGGCCCUGGCCCAAGUCCCACUCUCUCCUGGGAAGCCUCACGUGAGUCCCUGAUAGCAGCCAGUACCUUCCUCUCCAAACCCCUUCCUAUUCUGCGCCACAUUUGAGGCACUUUUCAUGUAUUAUUCUGUGAUUAUAUUGACAGAUUCUGUUUCCCCGAAAGCUUUCAGUUUCUUCAGGUCAGUACCCACUUCUUUUUUUUUUUUUUUUUAAUUUUUAUUUAUUUAUUUAUUUAUGGCUGUGUUGGGUCUUCGUUUCUGUGCGAGGGCUUUCUCUAGUUGCGGCAAGCGGGGGCCACUCUUCAUCGCGGUGCGCGGGCCUCUCACUAUCGCGGCCUCUCUUGUUGCGGAGCACAGGCUCCAGACGCGCAGGCUCAGUAAUUGUGGCUCACGGGCCUAGUCGCUCUGCGGCACGUGGGAUCUUCCCAGACCAGGGCUCGAACCCGUGUGCCCUGCAAUGGCAGGCAGAUUCUCAACCACUGCGCCACCAGGGAAGCCCCAGUACCCACUUCUUAUACUUUCAGGUCUUUCUUAUGUAUUGUAGGUGCUCAGUAAAAAGUUGAUGAAAACAUGGAAUUUUCUAGAGGUUUUCAGGUGGUCGGUGUAUUCAUUUGCUAGGGCUGCCAUAACAAAAAAUCACAGACUGGGUGGCUUAAACAGCAAUAAUUAACUUUCUCACAGUUCUGGAGCCUGGAAGUCCAAGAUCAAGGUGUCUGCUGAAUCAGUUCCUGGUGAGAUCUCUCUGCCUGGCUUGCAGAUGGCACCUUCUCACUGUGUCCUCACAUGGUCUUUCUUCUAUGUGUGUGCAUUCCUGGUGUCUCUCUGUGUCCAAAUUUCCUCUUUGUAUAAGGAUACUAGUCAGAUUGGAUUAGGACCCACCCUAAUGGCCUCAUUUUACUUGUCAUCUCCUUUUAAAGGCCCUGUCUCUAAAUACAGUUGCUCUCUGAGGUACUGGGGGUUAGGACUUCAACAUGCAGAUUUGGGGAGACACAAUUCAUUCCCUAACAGUAAGCAUGCCUAAGAUAUGGAGAGGACUUGCUUUUUUCUCUUUCUUAGAAGGACUGAAAAAAGGAAAACAGACCUAAACAAUAUUGGGAGGAAUUCAGAGCCAACAAGCGGACUGUCCCAACACUGAGGGUUUAAAUGUUGGGAUGUGCUAUGUGAGCAAGAUUGGCAGCCUUAUCUGGAAGUCUUUAAACUUAGAAUAAUUCAGCUUUCAAGGUUAUUUUAAGAAAAACACUUAAGUUGAUUUCUGCCCUUUUUAAAGCAGUUUGUAAAAUACUAGGCAUCUGGGAGAAGCUUGACUAUAGGCAGACAUCAGAGAAGUAUUGUGGGUUUGGUUCCAGACCACCGCAAUAAAUUGAGUAUCUCAGUGAAGGGAGUUGCAUGAAUUUUUUGGUUUCCCAGUGCAUCUAAAAGUUACAUUUAUACCACACUGUAGUCUGUUAAGUGUGCAGUAGCAUUGUCUAAAAAAAAAAUCCACAUACCUGAAUUUAAAAAUACUUUAUUACUAAAAAAUGCUAAACAUCAUCUCAUAACACAGAGAUGCCACAAACCUUCAAUUUGUAAAACAAACCACAAUAUCUGCGAAGCACAAUAAAACAAGAUAUUUAAUUUUUAAAUAUAAAAUCACAGCCUAUAAAAGGUCCUUCCUUGUCUGAUACCACCUCCUUCGUGAUGUCCUUGUUGGUGUGUCCAGUGGAACAGUACGUCUCUUACCAGUGAAAUAAAAAUAGGUGUGUGUUU